AUGCAAUCCGUUUCCAACCUGCCGGCCGCGUCGUACGAGAUGAUCGUCUGGAUCCGACUGAACGCCGGCGACCGGCAGUACGUGAACGCGAACGUCAACAUUAACGGCGAGUACGUCUGCAUCGGCGGCGCGAUCGCCAAGUCUAACUGCUGGACGAAACUCAUGGGCGGAUUCACGUUGCACGACCCGUUGGAUAAAGCCAGUAUUUACAUUCAAGGCGCGAGUCCCGGUACGGAGAUCUGGAUUGCGCAGGCUUCGUUGCGGAAGGUUGAUAAGGACGAAUGGCUGGCGCAGCAGCAGGCGAGCAUCGAGAAGCAUCGCAUGCGCGACGUGUCGUUGACGGUGACCGGCAAUAACGGGCAGCCUGUGGAUGUGGUGAUUAACCAGAUUCAGUCGGAUUUUCCGUUUGGCGGGAACGUGAACGGCGCGAUCCUUUACGACACGAACUACCAGAAGUGGUUCAAAGAUCGAUUCAACUGGGCUGUGUUCAAUAACGAGGGCAAGUGGUACUUUAACGAGGGAUAUCGGCAGGGUGAAGAGAACUACACCGUAACAGACGCGAUGACCAACUGGUUUCGGCAGCGAAACAUCAACGUUCGCGCGCACAACCUGUUCUGGGCCGUCGAGAAUUUCGUGCAGCCGUGGGUCAAGAACCUCAACGACGAAGAUCUGUGGGCGGCGAUGCAGCGAAGACUGAACCAUGCGGUAACCCGUUACAAGGGCCAGGUGCAGCACUGGGACGUUCUCAACGAGCCGCUUCACGGCAACUACUUCGCGGACCGCCUCGGGCCGCAGGUGCACGAGUGGAUGUACAAGGCCACGUCAGCAAUCGACAACCAGGCGCAGCUAUUCAUUAACGAUUAUAAUACCGUCGAGGAGUGCGACGGCGUGUCGCAUCCCGAGUAUUAUCUCGCGAAAGUCUGGCAGAUGACGACACGUGGCUCGCCGGUGACCGGGAUCGGCGUCGAGUCGCACUACAGCAAGGAACCCCAGCCGGCUCGUCUGCGUCACGAUCUGAACCAGCUCGCAGUGGCGGGAAUCCCCAUCUGGCUGACGGAGCUCGAUUUCAACAAGGUGCCUGAUGACGCGAUUCGCGCGGACUACUUCGAGUCGGUCAUGCGCGAGGCGUUCGCGCACCCCGCCGUUCACGGCAUUGUGAACUGGUCCGCGGGGCGCGCCUCGUGCGACAAGUACAAGGACGUGGAUCCCGGCAUGUGCAAGCCGUGCGAGGCGUGCUUCUCGGACUUUAACUACGUCGAUAACGAGCUGGGGAAGAGGUAUGUGCGUCUGCGCAAGGAAUGGAGCACACACCUCAACGCCAAGAUCUCCCCCGGGCAGCCGCUCGCGUUCAAGGGCUUCCACGGCACCUACCGCGCCCGCUUCCAGGUCAACGGGCAGACCAUUGAAAAAACUUUCCACGUGCCGAAUGCACAAGGCGUGGCGCAGAUUAGUAUCCAGCUGUAA